GCAGAUCGCCUGCUCUCCGGCGGAGCUGCGUGAGGCCAGGCAGGCCCCCGGCCCCCCCUUCCGGCCGCUCCCGCCUCUUGGCCCACGCCCGCCCGCACUCGGCCCACCAGCGCCUCCACCGGGCUGGCGGCCCCGCGUCGACGCCGUCCGCCAAGCUGCUGACUCCCCGUCUCGGGCGCCGUCGGCGGGGUCGCGCUCCGCCGGCCUGCGGAUUCCCCGCCGCCUCCUCGUCUAUCUACCUCAACGCCCGUCCCGCUUCGCCCGAGGAGGCGGUUCCCCCCGCAGGCAGUCCGGCUCGCAGGCCGCCGGCGUUGUCAUCCCCCGCGCUUUCUCCCGGCCCUCCCCGGCGGCGCUCGGCCUGGCCGCUCCACUCCUCGCUGCAUCCCGAGCGGCCGGGCGACGCCACCGCUGCCCCCCCCGAGGCCCGGGCUCGCGACGGCCGAGGGUCCCGUCGGCCCAAACCGAGCUGGGCGCCCGCGGCCCGGGUGACGCCUCCACUCCGCCCCCCUCAACACCUUCCUCGGCCCCCGACGUUGCGCCCUUUCCUCGCUUCUCUUUGCGCCCCUCUCCCCUCUCCGGCCUCUAGUCCCGGCCCCCACUCUUUCUUCCGCAGCCUACCCUUUGCUCCCUCCCGCCCCCCCCCAGCUCCUUGCCUCAGACUCCCUCCCCCUCCACGCCCGCCCUCUCGCCUUCGCCGUCCCAAAGUGGAUUAAUUAUACGCUUUCUGUUUCUCUCUUCGCUGUUCUCUCCCGCUGUGAGCCUGCCCGCCUCUCGCUGUCCUCUCUCCCUCUCGCCCUCUCUUUGGCCCCCCCCUUUUCACGUUCACUCUGUCUCUCUCACUAUCUCUGCCCCCCUCUAUCCUUGACACAACAGCUGACCUCAUUUCCCGAUACCCUUUCCCCCCCUAAAAGUACAACAUCUGGCCCGCCCCAGCCCGCAGACAGCCCGUCCUCCCCAAACAAUCAGAUGCGAUUCCCCCCCAAAAAAAGCCAUCCCCCCGUUCUGCCCCGUCGCACAUUCGGCCCCGGCGACCCGGCCAGAGCGGCGCUGGCAGAGGAGUGUCCGGCAGGAGGGCCAACGCCCGCUGUUCGGUUUGCGAUACGCAGCAGGGAGGUGCGCGGCAGCCGCGCCGGCUUCCAGCAGAUACCAAUGGGGAUCCCGGUGGGGAAGUCGCUGCUGAUGCUGUUCACUUUCUUGGCUUUUGCCUCGUGCUGCAUUGCUGCUUACCGCCCCAGUGAGACUCUGUGUGGCGGGGAGCUGGUGGAUACCCUCCAGUUUGUCUGUGGGGACCGCGGCUUUUACUUCAGACUUCCAGGCAGGCCCGCAAGCCGCAUCAACCGCCGCAGCCGUGGCAUCGUGGAAGAGUGCUGUUUCCGCAGCUGCGACCUGGCCCUCCUGGAGACCUACUGUGCCACCCCCGCCAAGUCCGAGAGGGACGUGUCGACCCCUCCGACCGUGCUUCCGGACGACUCCCCCAGAUACCCCGUGGUCAAGCUCUUCCAGUACAACGCCUGGAAGCAAUCCACCCAGCGCCUGCGCAGGGGCCUGCCUGCCCUCCUGCGUACCCGCCGGGGUCGCAUGCUCGUCAAGGAGCUCGAAGCGUUCAGGGAGGCCCAACGUCACCGUCCCCUGAUCGCCCUGCCCACCGAGGACCCCACUCCCCACGGGGCCGCCUUUGUCGAGGUGUCCAGCGAUCUGCAGUGAGCCAAAUUGUCGUAUUUCUGCAAAAUGGCACUUUCCACCUUGUGCCCUCCUCUUGACCAGGGCCCCUUCCACCGGGUCCACCUCUGAAAUCUCUCUGUACCGUCCCCCAGGGCGGGCCUCCCCCCCCAGCCCCCUUGCCCCAACCUCCUCAUGUCAGGCACUUCGGCCCCGUCCAUCGGGCUGAAGGAAUCAUAGUAACAUCAUCAAAAAAAAAAAAAAAAAAAAAAAAAAACCAAACCAAUUGGCUUUAAAUAUCCCUCCCCCCAAAUUAUCCCCCCAAAUUACCCCCAAAUUACACAACAAAGAAUUGGAACCAUGAACCCCCCCCAAAUCACACACACUCCAGCCCCCUUAAAACUAAUUGGCUUAAAAAAAAAACUAAAAAAAAAAUCAAUUGGCUGAAAAAAUACUAAAAACAAUUGGCAAAAUAAAAGAAUUCGGCGCCCCCCCCCCUUCCUUCUCUUCCCUUUCCGACCUCGAGUCAAAUUGGCCGUGGCUCGAGUCCCCACCAUCCAAGAGAAGGGAAGGGACCCCAAAA